ACUAAACAACAAGCUGUUUUUAAGUAUCAUUUCUUUUGCCUGUUGGGUGUGGGCAGUUACCUAUCUACUUCUGAACCAUUGCCCAAUAUAAGCAGCAGAAUUGCAAAGGAGAGAAACAGUUCCUGGAAGCCGAGAUAGCUGAAAGAGACAAACGCCUGAUUUAUUUAACUUGAGGUCCAUAACUUUUCCAGUUGGACUCUGGCUGCCAAGGGAGAUGGAAGAUUUGAAUCCACGCAGUGUCUUAGUGACAGGAUCUAAUCGGGGCAUUGGCCUGGAGCUGGUAAAGCAGCUCGUGGGGAAGAGCAACCCACCAGAAUGGAUCUUUGCCACUUGCCGGGACCCAGAAGGACCACGUGCAAAGGACUUGAAGAAUCUGGCUGCCCGACACCAGCACCGAGUACAGAUCAUCCAGCUGGACACUUCUGAUCCAUCCAGCAUCAAAGCUGCUGCAGCCAAAAUUACAGAACGUCUAAAUGGAGCUGGGUUGAAUCUGUUGUUCAACAAUGCUGGGAUAGUAAAGGAAUCCAAUAUGGAAUCAGAGACACCAGAAAAAAUGUUAGAGGUGUACAAUGUCAAUGUGAUUGGUCCCAUGGUGAUGAUCCAGGUAUUCCUACCCUUGCUGAGGAAGGCGUCCCAGGAAAGUGCCCUGAAAGGAAUGAGCUGCAGCAAAGCUGCAAUUGUUAAUAUAUCCAGUCUAUGCGGCUCCAUCGCCGACGUCCUGGCAUGGGAUAUUGGACAAAUCCCCAACUAUCGCUGUAGCAAGGCUGCUUUAAACAUGCUGACCCGAUGCCAGUCCCUGAGAUAUGCUGAAGACAAGAUCCUGUGUAUUGCAUUGCACCCUGGGUGGUUGCAGACGGAUAUGGGAAAUGCGCCAGGCACGGCCCCAACAACAGUUGAGGAUGGUGUGAAAGAGAUUCUUAAAACACUUGCCCAGCUCUCUGAGAAAGAAACUGGCACUUUUGUGAACUGGGAUGGAAAACCUCUUCCCUGGUAAUCCAUCAACUUUCAGUUAGUCUGCCUUUUAAGAGGAAGCCCUAAAGGUUUAUGAUUAAAACCAAGACAGAAGACGGAACCCCCCCCCCCCAAUAAUUAAUAUAAUAAUUGCACCUGAGGACAAACCCAACUCAAACCUAAACAACUCAAAAGCAUAUUGACGGGCUUACCCAAACUCCAGUUCCCAUGCCCAAGGGAACAUCUAGGUCUUUAAGAACUUACAGAAUGCUAGCAGGUUUGGAGUCAUAUGAAUCGCAGAGGGCAUGGCAUCACAGAGGGCAGAGGCUACUACAGAGAAGGCAUGCUCCCUGCGUCCUGCCAGAUGAUACUGCUUAAUAGACAGGACCCAGAGCAUGCUCAUGGGGUGAGCAGAAACGAUCAUCGAGAAGCAAUCCCACAAAUCUUAGCCCAUGCCAUGAAGAGCUUUACACAUAACAAUCAGCACCUUGAAUUGCAUCUGGAAGUACAACGGGAGCCCAUGCAGCCUGUGGAGUGGUGAUGCAACAUGGGCGUAUGAAGAGUAUCCAUAACUACUCGUGCCUUCUGGGCCAGCUACAGUUUCACAUCAUCUUCAGGGGUAGCCCCAUGUGGAAUGCAUGGGAGUAAUUGUGAUGGAAUGUAUCUACAAAUGAGGGUGGUGAUGGUGGAUUGCAGAAGACAGCAAGGUUCUCAGGAAGGAGGGAGCUCAUUCCAAGAAGGGCAGAGAGACAAGAGAAAACACAGUCCGGAGCUGGAUUGUGGGAUGUGUAAGAGGUUUAGAUUAGCCACUCCCUAGAAUCUCCCAGGGUAUAUCCACUAGUUGCAGUAGUACAGAUUUAGUGUGGCAAGAUUUUGUCUACAUGUGCAAACAAUAAAGGAACUAAACUCA